GUCAGUUAAGCGUUUCGUUUAAUUUUUUUUAGCAAAAGCAAUUGGGUUGUAUUUAUUUUGUUAACGUUUUGAGUGAGUUUAUUAAUUAACUAUCGUGUCUAGAUAAAAUUCUGCGUGAAAAAAAAAAUUAUGAAGCGAAUUUCUACUUCUCCCACUGCUGAAGGUGAAAGUAGGCCAGAAAUCGUUCCGUUGUCGAGGGCGUACCGGACUCUUUCCCCCAGAGCACAAAUUUUAAGCGGCUCUUAUAGUCAGGGAAAUAAAAUUUUCGGGCUACAGUCAAGAAAUAAACAGAGUCCUGCAACCUGCAUUGUAGCUGCCGUAUAUAGCAAAGUAAUACCCUCUUCAUCUUGGAUAAAAAAGGAUAUUCAUCGAAUCCUCGAACUAGGUGACAAGUUAUACAGAACCUCAGUCACCCACAUCCCUCUAAAGUCUUGGCAAGUACUUAAACCUCAUUGUGUGCACCCCACCUUUUAUAUUGGCCAAAACAAAAUCACCGUUUUUGUUGGAAACGAUGUUAUUACUGGAGUCCAUACACCAGACAACCCCGUGCUGCCAGAAUUGCUUGCCUCGGAAGCUUCCCAUUUAAAUGAAAAACAUGACGCAUUAAUUUUCAAUAUACAUGAUAAGAAUUUCGCGAUUUGGAAAGAACAAAGUAAAGCAUAUUUGUUCUGUCCACAUGAUGCCGAUGAUGAUGGACUGCCUGCAAAAGUGGGUACGGGGAAAAGCUUUGUCAUGCGGGCUGAUGCCAUCGAAAAUUUCGCCGAACAUUUAAGCUCCUUCAUAAAUGGACAGUUUUCGCUUUACUCUUUGAAAAUUCUAAAGCUUAUUGAACUCAAAAACACAAUGUCCGGCUUGAUUGCUCAGAUCCAAGAAAGUGAGGCUUUACCUGAUACUGAACCAGAAGAAAAAAAAUCAAGCACCGAAGUCGUUGAGGCAGAAAGUCAUCUGCCUCCCGGAUACACCAAAGAUUUAUUGGAAACGGAAAGGCAAUUCGAUUUGAAGGUUACCAGUAACUUUAAACCCAUAGAUGACACCCAAGGAAGUUUGCUGCAUAAUGCGUACGAGCACGAUGCCGACCUGAUUGUUUGCGAUACUUUGGCAGCACUGGUGAUGCUUCAUAGGAAGCAUUCAAGCACGUGGAAUGUUCAAACGAUAGCAGAAAUAUUGUCCCUAGGCAAAGACAUUUCUGACCAUGAUUUCGAUAUAGAGACCCAUAUUGCAGGCUACAUGGAAGUUAUCGCUUAUGAAAAGACCUACAGGAUUGAGUUUGAGAAGGUGGUUUACGGCCAAGUGACAUCCCAAGAUGAAAAUGUGCCUACGGUGUUGACAGGUGUCGAAAUGUUUUUCAAAAAUUACGACGUAGGACUUAUUUUUGGUCCACAAAACAUAGCCAUAUGGAAGGAAAAGGGAAUGUACUUUGCUUUCGAUCCAAAAGAAAGGGACGCCUUGGGGCGUAAGUGGACAAAAAUGCUUUCCAAACAGCUCGGUCCCCCCAAAAAAGGUGGCGGAGCUUGCGUUGUCUGGUACAAAAAUCCUAGACAACUAGCAGAACGAUAUAUCUCGAAUGUCCCAGUCAAGCACCGCAAUGAUGCUUUCCGGAUAAUUAAUAUUCACAUCCUUGAAUCACCACAAGGAGAUGACUGGGAAGAAUGGACUUUCGUCAAGCCUGGAGAAUGGAUCCUCCAAGGUGACGAUGCACUUUGCAAAUAUCUAACGCCAGAGGAAGUGGAUAAGAAGGCAAAAUCACUGGCAGUCGCGUGUUAUAUUUUAGCAUUCACAACACAAAAGCCAGAGGACGAAUGGUCUAGUGAAACCCUGACGAAUCUUCUAAAGGACGGAAUAGAAUAUUAUAAAACUUUAGUACAAGACGCUCAGCCCCAUCUAGCAAAUUCGCCAAACUCGAUGACUGAAUUGCAAGAACCCAAACGUUUAGAAUCACUAGCCGAGUUCAAGAAAAACGUUACCAUCGACGGGAAUAAAAUUCUACUGAAAAUCGAUGAGUGCGUCAUAUCGAACAAGGAUGUUCUGAAUGUCAAAGGCAGUUCAAUGUUAAAAGCAGGACUAGAAGUGUUCUUCAAAAGCUAUCGAUCUGGCAUUAUCACAUGUGGGGAAUCUAUUCUCACCACAUGGACUGACGGGGAAGCCUACUAUGUGCUGGACUUCGCGGAAAAAAUGAACAUCGAGCAGACCCUCACGAAAACAAGCAAUAACCAAGGAAAAAUAACUGCCGUCCGGUUUGAAAAGCUUUCCGAUAUGCUGAAUGUCAUUACUUCAAAUCCAAGGACUUUAGGAUAUGGGGAAUUUUGCAUUUCGAGAGUCGAGGCCACAUUCGAGGAAGGGGGUGAUAUACCCUUACGAAACUAUGAAGCGUUUUUAGGAAAAAGUGCAAUCUUAACACAACCAGACUAUCACGAGGGCCAUGCGAUAUUCGGUGCGAGAGCAGACAAACAAACCCUAGCAAAUCUGAUAACAGCUCUUUGCUUGAGUGCGAUCAAUAACUCCGCGGAAUGGUGUAAAUACGAUUUGGUAGAUAUCAUACGAAUUGGCGAUAGGAUGUAUGCGAAAAUUAUAGAAGACUUCAGUGAAUGUGAAGCAAAAGAUCAUGAAAUCGGUUGGGACGACCUACAACCUCAAAUAGGAAUAAGUGCUUUCACUUUCAACAGGGAAGAACACACAGGAAUUCUGUCAAAACCUGUUGAACAAUCUACCGAGCCACAACCAGAGCCAACUGUAAGUAUUGAACAACCAAUGGAAGAUCAAGAAAAAGGAUCAAAAAGUAUAAGCAUCUCGAAUGCUAACGAUGCAGAACCCAACGCCGAAGAAAAUGCACAAGAAGUGAGUGAAGAGCUAGCUCCCGAACCUGAUACUAUAACAACUCUUCUCCAAAAUCUUGAUAUUAACCCCACAUACGCUGCUAUAUUACAAACCGACUUUGUUGAUAUCGCUCUUUGGAAACAAGAUGGCCUUUAUUUUGUUUUCGACCCGAAAGCUAAUGACGAAAAGGGCUACCCUAGCGUUAGACGAAUUCAAAAGGCGGUGCAAGUCGUACAAGCUCGCCUAAAGGCGGAAGAAGAGGAAAGGAAUCAGAUGCGAGAGAGAGAUGUUUCAGCAAACAAACUUGAACCCGAAGAAGGAGAAGAUCACCCAAUGUUCGACGACCCGUACUUUUCCCUAGACGAGAUAAAGGCAAAAACUGACGAAGUCCACCAACAUUUAUCUGUAGUAAGAGAUAGUCAGUUAGCCCUUGAGAAAGGCGAGGCCGCAAAAGAAACGGUACGCGACAUUAUGUCACUACCAAAUGAUGGUGCCGCUUAUGUAGCAUGGUUUCAAACUCUCGAAGGCCUCAUUGACCAUCUUCUAUCUAAAACUCCUCCGGAAUAUCAGAAUCAACCUAUAACCUUACAUGUUAUUCAAAUUGAUAAAGCUGUGAUUCAAUCUCCUCAAAAGACCGUUAAGUAUUUUGAAGAAAGGAAUCCAGAAGGGUUCUGGACACUUCGAGGAUUCAUUUCACAAGAGGAUCCCAUACUUCCAAACAGAACAAACCUGGAUGGAGCCUGCUCAAUAAUUGCUCUAGGUUUCACGUUGAUCAACCCCGCGGAUGAAUGGUCCCGGCCUAUUCUGGACGUUAUAUUGAAGUUCGGUGACCGACUCUACACCAAAAGUUUAAUGCUGGUGUCUUCCUAUGACAACAAAGUAAAAUUAAAAAUUGGUCAACUCGCGAAGUCUUUUAGCAUUUACAAGCAUAAAUUUGAUUACGAAUUGAAAUUUUCUAACGACAAAUUUCCCCUGAAUAACCCAGAAAACUUUAAUGAAAUUAACUCUUCAUUCAAAGAGGCAGUGAAUAGGCUCGGAACGAGUGAAAAAAACAUUGGUGUUAUUGCCAACCUUAAUGGAAACUACUGCGUAGCUAUUUGGCGAGCUGGACCCAUCACAUAUGUUUACGACUCUCACCAAAAUGAUCCCAAUGGUGUGUACAAGACCAUUGGCUCUUCGACCCUCGAAAGGUUCGCCAAUUUAAAUAUUCUGUUCAACGUUCUGAGAAGGAAGUUCGAUAAUAUCAAGGAGGCGAUAAUGUGUGAACUAAUUGAGGUCGACAUGGAAACCACAAAAUCCAAAGCGAUCAGCCCACCGGACUAUACACUAGUCAAUUUCCGGGUACCAGAACCGCAAUCAGCUUUUAUCACAGGCGAAGACGUCGACACAAGCACUAAAAUAUUAAAGGUUGGGCAAGCCAAGCCAGAAGUAUCUGAGGUUUUGUUGAAUUUCGCGGCGGUGGUGCUGAGCCAUCUUUUACAUACAGAGUGCUGGACACCUACCAUAAUGAACAAAGUAUUCUGCCUAGCAAACAACUUGCAAGUGAAUUCGACAGAUAUCAAACUCGACGUCACAAUCGACAAAGUUGAAAUGGACCUCAAAGGAUUAAUAAGAUGCUUUACUAUUGACAACACAAUGUGCACCCUCAACAUAGAUGAAAUCAUCCGCGGUCCGAUUACUGGGAAAAACCCUACAGAUGUAUCUCUCGAAAACAGUCUUAACCUGCUUAUGCGCAACUACUGCCGAGCUAUAGUGAUAACCGCGUCGUAUAUUUGUGCAAUAUGGCGAGAAGAGGACACCUACUAUUUAUUCACAGCAUUCGAGGAGGACCGGCCAUUUGUAAUGAGUUGCAAAACUCAAGACAAAUUGCUGGAGUGGAUGAUUAAAAAUCGGCCAAAAGACAAGGAGUCGGAUUGGUACCAGAUUGUUCGUGUUGAAAUUGCAUCAAUUCAAUUGAAGGAUUUACCAAAAGCGUCCAAGCGCCAAAUGUUGCUGAAGCCGAAGAAGUUUGAUACAUCAGAAACGCCUAAACGUGACAAGAGGAAAAUUAAGAAAGUCGCGUGUACAAAGAAGGAGGCACAAUUCGUCGAGAAUGUUUUUAGUGAGAAGCAGGAUAUCAGGGACGUCUCUAAGCGUGAUAAGGCCGCCUGUAUAGUAGCAGCAGCGAUGUGCUAUCUGAACGACAUAUCCAAGUGGAAGAAAGAAGAUUUCGAGACAAUUAGCAGAUCUGCACUCAUGUUAUUUAUGGAUUCAGUCGCUGCGCAAGGCACCACGUCCAUUGACAUCGAUAACCUGGAGAAGUUCUUCCAAUUGCAGCAGGUUCAAAUGCAAGUUGAAGCCCUACCGACGGUUGCACAAUGUAGCCCCUCUCGGGAUGACAUCAAGGAAAUAUUGGCACAAUGUUUCAGCAAAUACAAAAUUGCUUACGUAAUAACAGAGUCGAAGAGUAUGCUCGCUCUCCACUGGAAAAGCGUCUUCUACGUAUUCCACCCGGAGGGCAAAUCAGAAGAAGGACAGUACGUGAGGGCAUGUACGAACAAUUUCGAAGCAUUCAGCGGGCUUGUAGAGCAUUUGGUAACGAAAAUUGAUGACCACCCCAAAGAAGUGCUCUUCGGCUCCGUCAAAGUUCUUGUGCUGAAAUGAAGUAACCGCCAACGCUAUGUUGAUAUUGUUUGUAAUUAUUUCAAAAUUUUUGAGUAGCAUUAAAAAUAACGUCUGAACUCGUAGAACUCUUGUAGCUAUGGAUUAAGUAGGCCGGAGGAUGCCUCACUCAAGUCUUUGCUCGCAAAUAACAAUAAAUUGUCUUCUAGAGUGGAGAGGAAUGGUUCAAGCACGUCAAGUGCUCAGAACAACAACCGGAGAAGGAGCCUCGUGGACAAUAACCCCAAAACGUAUAGUCGAGAACGACAACGGCUGCAGUAUCGAAGCUCACCGUGGGAUUUUCCACAUGAAUAUCACAGAACUUCGUAUAUCCUGCUCUAUGCGUCUAGCUGCACUGCCGUUGCUUCCGUAUUUGCC